GCGUGACGCGUUGGCCUGUUGGGCGCAGUCAUUAUCUCUCUCAAUUUUUUUCUUAAAGUGAGUGAUUGGGUGGUGCUGAGUCAGGAAAGUGGCUGAGAUUGGGUUUUGGUUUUGGUGUGAUUCCAACAAAUCCACGUUUGAGCCACACACACUUUGUCUUUCUGGCUUUGUUUUCUUUGUCCCAUUCCUAUCCCAAACUUUCUUGUGGCUCUGAGAUUCAAUUCCCCGUUUUGUUUUUUACUCUUUAGACUCUCCGCCACCUGAACAUUACCCAUCCAUCUCAUAGCACUCACCCCAGAAAAGCACCGUCACUUGUUCGUUUCAACGUUCUUCUAUUGAUACGUUAAUGCUUUUUGAUUCCUUUCAGAUUUUUCUAACUAACUAACUAUCUGUGAAUCAAAGAAAUUUCAGUGUACGUUUCGUCUGAUUCUUUGGGAUACUGCUUGAGCUCGCAGAUGGGAGAUGUGGCUAAGGACCUUGCAGCUGGGACUGUUGGAGGGGCAGCACAGUUGAUAUGUGGACACCCCUUUGACACCAUCAAGGUCAAGCUCCAAAGCCAGCCUGCACCACUCCCUGGUCAGCUUCCCAAGUAUUCAGGUGCAUUUGAUGCUGUCAAGCAGACAAUAGCAGCUGAAGGACCAAGGGGUUUAUACAAAGGCAUGGGUGCUCCGCUUGCUACGGUAGCAGCCUUCAAUGCUGUCCUGUUUACAGUGAGGGGACAAAUGGAAACAUUAGUGAGGUCCAAUCCUGGUGCCCCCCUCACAGUGGAUCAGCAGGUUGUUUGUGGGGCUGGAGCCGGAGUAGCUGUUUCCAUUCUUGCUUGCCCAACUGAAUUGAUCAAAUGCAGGUUGCAAGCACAAAGUGCGCUUGCUGGCUCUGAAACAGCUACCGUGGCUGUUAAGUAUGGAGGACCCAUGGAUGUGGCCAGGCAUGUUCUCAAGUCAGAAGGGGGCAUGAGAGGUCUUUUCAAGGGCUUGGUUCCCACUAUGGGGCGUGAGAUACCUGGAAAUGCUAUCAUGUUUGGUGUAUACGAAGCAUUAAAGCAAAAGUUUGCAGGAGGCACUGAUACUUCUGGGCUAAGUAGAGGUUCUCUGAUUGUUGCCGGAGGCUUGGCUGGAGCUUCCUUCUGGUUCUUAGUUUACCCAACUGAUGUUAUUAAGAGUGUGAUUCAAGUAGAUGAUCACAGAAACCCAAAAUUUUCUGGUUCAUUUGAUGCAUUCAGAAAGAUUCGAGCUACAGAAGGGUUCAAAGGCUUGUAUAAGGGUUUUGGUCCUGCAAUGGCUCGAAGUGUUCCUGCAAAUGCAGCAUGUUUCUUGGCAUAUGAGAUGACAAGAUCAGCUCUGGGAUGAUUAAUUCUUGUAACAGGCUUAAUAUCAAAUUCUCAUGUUUUCUUUUUCUUUUUGUUCACUAAACAUUUUAUUCCAUCCAUUUAUAUAACCGCACAAGCGCGUCUUCUUUAUUGCUUCC